AUGUUUUUACUGGUAAUCUUAUUUACUGUACUACCAUUGCUGUAUGUUAUUUACGGAUUAUUGGGCCGUAAAUUGACAAUUGGUGAAAUUGACAAGAAAGCUGUGCUAAUUACAGGAUGUGGAAGCGGAUUUGGUAGAGAUUUGGUGAAACGAUGUCUCCAGAAUGGACUGACAGUUUUUGCAGGAUGCCAGUUUGAAAGUAAUAUAAGUGAAUUAGAAAAAAGCUACAGUUCAAUCAGUCAUGGUCGACUGUAUGCAUUCCAAAUGGAUGUAACCGAUGACGAGAGUGUCCGAAAAUCUCGAGAAAUCGUAGACAAUGUUUUGAGAGAAAAGAAUAUCGUUCUUCAUGCUUUGGUGAAUAAUGCUGGUAUUAAAGGUCACUUUUUUUACGAUGACUUCUUGACCGUGAACGAUUAUAAAGACGUGUGGGAAGUGAAUACGUGUGGCGUAAUUCGAGUAACGCAAACGUUUCGUGAUCUUAUCAAAAAAUCUAGAGGUCGAAUAGUGAUAUGUACUAGUGCUACCACAUUAUUUCCGAAAGCAAGUCAUGGUCCUUAUUCCUGCUCAAAGUUUGCUGCUCAAGCUUAUUGCAUCAUUAUUAGGCAUGAGCUGCAGCCAUACGAUGUGGAUGUAAUAGAGAUUAUGCCAGGUUGCUUUGAAACCGGAAUACAUGACAUUCAGGAAUUCUGGAAAUCAACUGAUACAGUAUGGUACCGAGCAUCUCAUGAAUUGCGUGACGAGUACGGACAUAAUUACAACGAGAAAGUAAAAGCACAUGCAGUAGAUCUUAAGAAAAAGAUAGUAGCAUUGGAUACGACAUGGGUUAUCGAUUCGUAUUAUGAAGCAAUCGUUGCAAAGCGACCAAAGCUAUUGUAUCGUGUUGGCUGGGAUAUGUUAUUGAAAUUUUAUCCUUAUUCAUUACUGCCACUGCGUGUGCAAGUUCACGUCAUGAAGUUACUUUUGCAUUUAAGUGGAGCACCGUUACCUGCGAUAGUAACGAAGGAUGCAAGUCAAGAAAAUUUGAAAGGAAAAAACAGUUAA